AACAAAGGACUUUUUGUUGUGAAAAUAAUAACGGAGCCGGGGAAUGUACAGAAUAUCCUGGGGUUCUGUGAGGUUAGAAGGAUGUGCAUCGGUCCAGUGAACAGGAUAUUCCAUUGGGGACCACUUACCGCUAUCGCGAUCAUCAAGAUCAUAACCCUGAUGACAAUUCACUGCAGCAGACAAUGGUGGUCCCCCCAGGAGAGUCUCUCUGGUGCUGUUAAUUUUUUCCUAUUUUUUAGCCUCAGUGGAUCGACAAUUUAUCACUUCAUCACAGCUAUUUACGAAGGGCCAGGGUAUCUCCCUUUGAAGUGGAGACCGGAGAGGCUGGAAGACACUCAACAUCUGCAGUUCUGCAGAAUUUGCGAGGGUUUCAAGGCUCCACGAAGUCAUCACUGUCGCAAAUGUGGACGAUGUGUCCUGAAGAUGGAUCAUCACUGUCCCUGGAUCAACAACUGUGUUGGACACCAGAAUCACGGACACUUUGCAGCUUUCCUAGCGAGUGCUGUUGGGGGUUGCUGUGUAUCAACUGUCAUCCUCAUCUGCUGGUUAAUGACAGUUUUAUCAAGAAGAAAUAUUAAUUUUCCUCCACCGUCUGUGUUCACUCUAGUCAUCGUCGUCUUCACCAUCGGCCUGUCCAUCGGCGUCGUCCUGGCGCUAUCAGCGAUCGUUCGAAAUACCACUGGCAUUGAGGAUUGGAUCCUGGAGAAGGCGAGGUACCGUAGAAUGGGCACAAGGGAUGUGUUCCUUCACCCUUAUUCGAUAAGGUGGGGUGUCAAUGUCAGGCAAGUCAUCAAGUGGAGUUGUGAACCCGAUGGCGAUGGGAUUUUAUGGCCAGUUCGAGAGGGAUGUGAUCAAUAUACACUCACAAGGGAACAGGGCCAUCAGAAACAGGAGAAACGUCGCAGGGCGAGGAGGUACCGAGUGAUAUCGAGGGUAUCGGGGUCCUGGGUGCCCAUUACCUUCGGCUGGAGGGUUUUAUGUCAUCCUCCGUGUACCGACGAGCCCAGGAUGAAGCUCAGACCCGAGGACAUCGUCAUUGUGACAAGAUGGCGACGGCACUGGCUGUUCGGCGAGAAGAUCCAGGAGAUCGAUGAUCCAAAGGUGCGGGUAAAAGGAUGGUUCCCACGUACGAGUGCUAUCGAGGUCGUGGAUAAUGAGGAUUACGACUCCUUCAAGGACGAAUGAGGAUUGUCAUUGUGUAAUACGAAUAUCAUCACGUGCGUGUUGAUCGUUCAGUAAAUUUGCAGUUUUUUUUUUUAUCUCGUUCGUUAAUUUUUUUUUUUAUUGGUUUAGUAUUCAUCGGAGUGGAGGGGGCAUUCGGGAUAAUUGUAAUUACGUGUAAUCCGUGAUUUUUAAUGAGCUGUAAAUGACACCGUUGGAUUUUCAAGGAUGAAUUUGCCUGGAGGUACGUUCCCUUGACGAUUUCCGUGGAAUUGUUUAUUGUAAUUGGAUUUUUACUUAGUUGAGGACGACUUAGAUGGGUGGAACAUUUUUUUUGUGUAAUUACGGUAGUUCAUUAGGAGUUUAAAGGAAUAAAAUCAUUUUUAAGACGA